UGACAGAUGACGUCACAUUCGCCAUGUUUCAUUCAGAAAGAGGUGUAAAUGUUUUGAUUAUGAUGAGGAAGUGAAAUUUACGUCAAAACCAAAGAAAUGAUAUCCUAAACCAUUGUACAUUGACAGGAUUUGAUUUGAAUUACUUGAUUAUUAUUGACAAUCGCAAAGAUGGCCGGUGGUGGUGGUAGAAACUUUAAUUUCAAAUGUGUUUUGUUGGGAGAAGGUUGUGUUGGAAAAACAUCAUGUGUGUUGAGAUAUGUUGAAAAUAAGUUUAAUGAAAAACAUUUAACAACAUUGCAGGCUUCAUUUCUUACCAAAAAAUUAAACAUUGGUGGAAAAAGAGUUACUCUGAAUAUAUGGGAUACUGCAGGCCAGGAAAGAUUCCAUGCAUUGGGUCCUAUAUAUUAUAGAGACAGUAAUGGUGCAAUUCUAGUCUAUGAUAUAACAGAUGAAGACUCAUUUCAAAAGGUGAAGAAUUGGGUGAAGGAGCUAAGGAAGAUGUUAGGCAAUGAUAUAUGUUUAUGUAUAGCUGGUAACAAAAUAGAUUUGGAGAAAGAUCGGCAUGUCACAGUUGCUGAAGCAGAAUCGUAUGCAGCUUCAGUUGGGGCUAAACAUUAUCAUACAUCAGCAAAACUUAACAAAGGUAUAGAGGAAAUGUUCUUAGAUCUAGCAAAAAAUAUGAUCGAGAAAUCAGAUCAAGAUACAGUAACAAGACCUGGUAAAAACAGCCGUAAAAGUGUUGUUGUCGUGGACGAUAGUGAUGCUGGACAACAUCAAGGUGGAGGCGGCGGUUGUUGUUCAUCAUCAUCAUAGCAAACUGUUUUCACGUUUACAGUGUUAUGUUACCGUUACAAGUUAUUUUUAGAUCGGAGGGACAAGUUAUUUUUAGAUUGGAGGUUUCUAAUUUUGACAAGUUUAAUUUUAGAAUUGGGGAUUUUUCGUUUAUCCGUACUCCAGUGACUUGAGCUGAGACAAAUUAUGGUAUGAGACUGUAAUGCAGUAGAUACUGAUUUUGAUUUAUGAAGUGUCUUAAAUUUUGUUUACAAAUGCAUAUUCAUAUGUACUCAAUAGUAUGCAUUUGAAUCGGUAAUAUUUUGAAUAUCUAAAUUUAGUCAUAACUGCUAGAAUUUAGCCUUGGCUAUUGAAUUUAUAGUAAGAAUUUUAAGUUUUUGUUAAUGAUUAUUUGGAAUGAUCAUGAAAUUAAAGGCAUCUGUAGCUGAUGUUCAUUUUUUUUCAAAUAUGUACUUUUAUUUCUAUUAAUACUUUUUCUUGAUGUAUCAGAUUUCAAAUUUGUUGUGAUAGAAGUAAAGUAUAAAUUUCUCGAACGAUGAAGAAUAUGGAAUUGAAAUAUAGUUUAAGAAUUAUGCUGUGCUUUACACGCUUGAUAAUAUUUGCCUGUUUACUAUAAAUAGAUUUUUCUAUAAAUAAAUUAUUUGUUAAAGAGAUAUUCUAUAAAUUAUAAAAAAGAUGAAGUAAAAUAAUAUAACAUAAACCAUUACAUGAUAUUUUAUAUUUGUUAAAUGUGGGUGUGUAAUAAAUCAUGAUAUUACACUGCUUAAAACCAAAAAUAACUGAUCAAAUUAGCCAAUGAGAAUGAAGAUAUUUAUCAUGUUUUAUGUUAAUAUUUCAGUUAUAAACCUUUAUAGCCACAUAAUGUAUGAUGUGAUUUGCACCAGAAAUAUGCUAACACUUUAAUUGACCUUUGACUCAUUUUAUAAAAAGUUUAAUGGUACAAUUCACAUAAUAAAGUUUGGUUCGAAACAUACUGUACUUGCUAACCUUAAAGGUCAAGGCCAAUAUGAUGUAUUAUGGAGUUUACUGAUGUUUAUUUGAAAAUUGUAUUGAAUUCUGUCAUAUUAUGAGAAAAAUAUAUAUCGUAACUGAUUUUAAUAUUAUUUUUUUUCUAUAAAAAUGAUGAAAUAUCCUGUCUAUGUGAAUGAAUUAAUACUUCAAUGUACCAUUAAAGCAGAAUUUUUUUAAAUUAAAAAAGAAGCCUCAUUAAAGACAUUUGUGUGUCUGUCAGUCAUGUUUGGUUUCAUACACAUUUUAAUAGUAUGGUAAUUUUGUUAAAAAGCCAGAAAGCUUAUAAAAAAAGGCUACAUGUAUGUACUUAAGUUGUGAUUAUCAUUUUACAUCCCAUUUUAAAAAUCAUUCUCAUGUAUUUGUAUAAAUUGAUAUAUUUGGAUAUAUUCAUUUAGAAAUUAACAUUGUAUGAAAGACCUUUCUUUACUUAUUUGAUUUGCUUGUCAGCUUAUAAUCUUCUGAGCUCAUGUAAGCUAAUUAUGUCAUGAAUAUAAGCUUCAAGAAGUGCAACAGUUAAUGUCCGUCCAGGAAUAUUCAAAUUAAGAUCUUUGAAGCAGGUUUCAUUGUUCUCUAAUUCUACUAUCUGAUUGGAUGGUUAUGAUUUGAAAUUGACCAAUGACCGAGUUUCAUUUUAAUACUGGUUAUCUGAUUGGAUGGUUAUGAUUUGAAAUUGACCAAUGACUGAGUUUCGUUUUAAUACUGAUUAUGUGUCUUCGGUAAAUAUGUAAUAAAUAACUUUUGACAACAGAAACAUCAUUUAUGUACUGUUAAACGACAAUGCUUUUAUUAAUAUGAUAAUAAUUAUUUUGAAAUUUUGAUAACAAACUAUCUUUUGGUUUGUUGAUUAGAAUUGCUACCUUUGAGGUUUCAAGAAGUUCAUUAUUUAUUUGUAAAGUAUAUUUUUUCCUCUCAUUAUCAUAAUCAGAUUUUGAAACCACAUAAUUUAUCAUUUAUACUAAAAUCUUUUGUGCUUGACUUUUCCUUAGAUGUGGUCAUUUUUCUUAGGUUGAAGUAGUGCUAUUGAGUUAUGCAAACGUAUAUGAAAGAAAGAAAAAACUAACAUGUGUGGUGCAUUAUGGUUAAAUAAAUAUAUUAGUGUAUGUUUUUGUUGCAUUUUUGUUUUGUUUUUGUUGCAUUUUUUUUCAGUGCAAUUAUAUAUUAACAUGUAUUUCUUAUGCAGUGAAUAUUUCAAAAUAUUAAUAUAAAUAAUUGAUAUGCUAUUGACCUCAAUAAUUUGCUAUUAUGUUGCUAUCAACAAAUUUUCUAUAUUUUUCAUCUAGUUCUGAAAUAUUUGGUUUCUAGUGUUAAAAAUCAUAUUUAAGAACUCUGCUUAUUGAUUGACAAGAUUUUUUUUCCAUCCCCACUAAAUUUAUGUAAUGGACUCCACCUACUUUGACUGUGAAACUGUCCAUUUAUAGUUAGAGGGAUUUCAAUAUGGAAAAAUUAAAAUAUAUUGAACAGUUAAUUGUAUAGAACCUAGUCAGGCUGCACAGCCGCGUACAAACAUACUUGACUCUGUUGGAAUAUACAAGUCAUGUAUGUAUGUAUUCCAGGCUUAAUGAGGGUCCAUUUGCCCUUUCAGGCACUGAGAGUACGGACCCCGUACAUGUCACCAUUAUAUGUCCUCAAGGGAAGACGGUCAAUAAAUUUUGAAUUCAGAAUUUCACUGAAUGAUACUAGAUAUGUAUGCAAGUCCAUUUAGAUACAAGUCAGGGGUACAAGUAGCCUUGUUACCACCAUAAACAGUUACCCUCGGGCUAGAUAUUCUGGUCUGUACUGGCAGACGGUGUAAGAUUCUUAUAGUAUGCAACUAAUGACUGAUUUUGCAGUAUUUAUCACCAUAUUUCUACUAUGUGACUUUUGCAGGAAGGGCUUUUUCGUCAGUAUGAUCUAUUUUUGGUAGCUUUCAUAAAUUUUAAACUGCUUUAAGGCUUAUCAAGAAAAUAUUAUAUAUAUAUAUAUAUGGUAUAUUUUAUAUAUUUUAUAAUUCGUAAAUGAUAGUACAAAGUUGCGUUUAUUGCCAUUUUAUCUUAAUAUUUAAAGUUAAAAAGAUUUUUUUUCUUUUUUUAUUUCCUUCUAUUUAUUGACAUCCCUAAACUCAAAAAGGUAAAAAGAAAUUGUUGUUAUUUUUUGUUGUUUUUUUUCCCUAUUUAUUGACAUUUCUAACCUCAAAAACAUGUUGUGUGUUAAAAAUUGUUCAUUGUGAUAAUAGUAUGGCAUACAAGAUACGUGUAAUUGUCCAUGUUCACAUUUGUUUAGUCUAUAUUUAUAUUUCACUAUUGAUCAAGUUUGAAUUAUUUAUAUGAGUAACCCUUUAGUUGUACUUGUUUUAAUUUAUAAAUGCAUGCUUUUAUUUAUCUUUAUUUUGAAUGUCUAAAAAAAUCUGCUCAUUAACCUGCUGAAUUUAUAUAAUGGAUUUGCUCAGCUUUGAAUUUGGAAAGGUCCAUUCAGAGUUUAGGGGAUUUCAAUAUCAAAAUACAAAAAUUGAGCUUAUCAAUAGUCAAGAGCCUGGUUGCAUGCCUAAAGCAAAUGGUAGUCAAAAAUAUUCAUGUUAAAGCUAGAUUCUGAGAUAUUUUUGUUAUUGCUCAGUUUUCUGCAGAUGUUGCCUAUACAUAAAUUUAAGCGCAAUACCUCAACUCGAAGUACAAUAAGUUGGACUUGAGCCCAAGGUUAAUGUUAUAUGAAGUGUUUUAUUUAUGCAGUCAUUUUAAACUCGGCCCAACAUUACUCUGUGUUACAAAAUGUGAUCUCAGUAUAUUUAUAUCACGUUUUAUUGAUUAAAAAUGUGGAUAGUCCCUGUGUUGGAUUUGAAUGAGCAUAUUUCUUUAUGAUAUUCCCUUUGAAAAAUUUCAUUUCUUGAUGAAAUUGAAUAAAACCUUAUUAACCCAAAACCUGCUGAAUUUGUAUAAUUGAAUUGUCCUGCUUUGAAUUUAGAAGAGUCCAUUUUAAGUUUUAAGGAUAUCAGGAUCAGAAUACAAAGAUUGAGCUGCCAACAGUAUAGAGCUUGAUCCGUUAUGUCUGUCCGAGCAAUAUACUGAUGGCAAAUGCUAAUUGCUUUGAGUUCCAGCAGGUUUAGGUGAAUAACAGCUCCAUUUCAAGACAAUAAUUCUUGACCAGGCAUUGUAACUUAUCUCUGUAAUUAAUUACAAUUCAGAUGGUCUAAUUACAUUGCUAUUUGGCUGCUGUUAUACAUGUAGUUUUUAAUACAGUUUACACUAAAACCGGUCAAGUUUUUACUUUUGAAAUGUAUAAUACAAUGCAAAAUGAGAUAAAGUAUUUGUCAAAAGAUUAUAAUUAUUUAUGUUUAUCAAAACAUUUUUUCAUUCUCUUUUUUUUUCUGCCUAGACCAUUUAGAUUGUGUGUGUUAUCAGAUAGGCUGCACUCGUGUACCUGUAAGUUCAUCUCAUCAUGCAAAUUGUAUUCAGAUGACCUUUGUAAUUAUAACCUUAACCUUACAUUUAUUUCUGGUGAGAAAUAUGAUUGGAUGAAUUAUUCUAUAAAUAGAUUAUCUAUUAUUAGAUUGAAACACAUGGAUGUUGUUAUGAAGAUUGGUAUAUAUUUUUGUCAUAUUCUUUGUCCAUGUACAUGAAAUUAUUGUACAGAAUGUAAAUAUUAAUUGACCAUUAUUGAAAAGAAAUAAAUUUGUAACAAAUGUU